AUGGCCGGACCUCGGUCUGUGAAGCAACAGUUGGUGCUGUUCCUGAGCUUCCUUACCAUCCUUGCUUGUUUCGUUCUACCUGCUGUGAGCGUCAAGCACGAGAAUUUCAAGACAUGUUCCCAGUCCGGUUUCUGCAAGCGGAACCGAGCUUAUGCUGAUGAAGCUAUCGCCUCGGGAAGCAAUUGGAAACCCCCAUAUGAGCUCGACCCAUCGACUGUCGAACUAAAGAAUGGAUAUCUGCACGGAAUUGUGUCGAAGACCAUUAAAUCCGGCGAGAAGAUCAGGCUACCUCUUACCGUAUCAUUCUUGGAGUCAGGUGCUGCCAGAGUCGUACUGGACGAGGAAAAGCGGAUCAAGGGAGAUAUCGAACUGCGCCACGGCAGUAAUAUUCGAAAGGAGCGAUAUAACGAGGCCGAGAAGUGGGCCAUUGUUGGCGGUCUGGCACCGAACAAGGCUGCUGUCUUCAGCCCCGAAUCUGAGACGGGAUAUACCAAGGUCCAAUAUGGCCCUGAAAAUCAGUAUCUAAUGGUACUCCGCCAUGCGCCGUUGGAAAUCAGUUUCCAGCGUGAUGGAGAGACCCACGUUAAGUUGAAUGACCGGGGCUUUCUCAAUCUGGAGCACUGGAGACCCAAGGUUGAUGCUCCAGAAGGCGAGACCACCCCUGAGGAUGAGUCCACGUGGUGGGAGGAGUCUUUUGGCGGAAACACUGAUUCCAAGCCAAAAGGACCGGAAAGUGUUGCUUUGGACAUUACUUUUCCAGGAUACGAGCAUGUAUAUGGUAUUCCGGAACAUGCUGACUCGAUGUCAUUGAGAGAGACACGUGGUGGCUCCGGUAACCACGAAGAUCCCUACCGACUAUACAAUAGUGAUGUGUUUGAGUAUGAGCUAAACAGCCCAAUGACCCUAUACGGCGCCAUCCCUUUCAUGCAAGCUCACCGCAAAAACUCAUCCGUGGGCGUAUUUUGGCUCAACGCAGCUGAGACAUGGAUUGAUAUUGUCAAAGCCAAAUCCACUUCUAACCCGCUAUCGCUAGGACUUUCCGGCAAGAAGACUACACAAACUCACUGGUUCUCUGAGUCAGGUCAACUUGACGUGUUCGUCUUUCUCGGUCCUAAUCCGCAAGCCCUUAGUAAAACUUAUGGAGAGUUGACGGGAUAUACGCAACUUCCACAACAAUUUGCCAUCGCCUAUCAUCAGUGUCGAUGGAACUACGUCACUGACGAAGACGUGAAAGAAGUCGAUCGCAGGUUCGACCGAUACCAGAUCCCUUACGACGUUAUUUGGCUCGAUAUUGAAUAUACGGACGGCAAGAAGUAUUUCACAUGGGAUCCAAUGACCUUCCCUGACCCCAAGGGUAUGCAAGAUCAAUUGGACGCGUCAGAGCGCAAGCUUGUGGCUAUUAUCGAUCCCCACUUGAAGAACGAAAAUGGCUACCCUAUUAUUGAUGAGCUCAAGGGCAAAGACCUGGGCAUCAAGAACAAAGAUGGAAACAUCUACGACGGCUGGUGCUGGCCAGGCUCAUCACAUUGGGUCGACUGCUUUAACCCGGCCGCUAUCUCGUGGUGGAAAAGUCUUUAUUCAUACGAUAAAUUCAAGGGCACAUUCCACAACACUUUUAUCUGGAAUGACAUGAACGAGCCUUCAGUGUUUAACGGACCGGAAACCACCAUGCCAAAGGACAACAUCCACUACGGAAAUUGGGAACACAGAGAUGUUCACAAUAUCAAUGGUAUGACUGUGGUUAAUGCCACCUUCCAGGGUUUGGUCGAGCGAAAGAAGGGUCAGCUCCAGCGUCCAUUUGUCUUGACACGAUCAUUUUAUGCCGGGACUCAGCGAAUGGGAGCCAUGUGGACCGGCGACAACCAGGCUGAAUGGGGACACUUGGCGAUGUCCAUGCCCAUGGUUUUGAAUCAAGGUAUUGCUGGGUUCCCCUUCGCCGGAGCAGAUGUUGGUGGUUUCUUCGGAAACCCCGAUAAGGAUCUCCUCGUGCGCUGGUACCAGACGGGUAUUUGGUAUCCUUUCUUCCGAGCUCAUGCUCAUAUUGAUACGCGUCGGCGUGAACCAUAUUUGACUGGUGAGCCCUUUAUGCAAAUCAUCAGUCAGGCAAUCCGUCUCCGCUAUCAACUCCUUCCUGCAUGGUACACAGCGUUCCACGAGGCUUCUGUUAGUGGAAUCCCCAUUGUGCGGCCCCAGUACUACAUUCAUCCGGAGGACGAGCACGGUUUUGCCAUGGAUGACCAAUUCUACCUCGGUUCGACUGGUAUCCUGGUUAAGCCUGUUGUUGCCAAGGACCAGGAUUCUGUCGACAUCUACCUGUCUGAUAAUGAAAAGUACUACGACUACUUUGACUACACGAUCUACCAGGGCAGUAGAAAGUGGCACAAGGUCCCUGCUCCACUGGAUAAAGUUCCAGUCCUUAUGCAGGGUGGGCAUGUCAUUCCUCGCAAAGAUCGUCCGCGCCGCAGCAGUGGAUUGAUGAGAUGGGAUCCCUAUACCCUGGUGGUUGUACUAGACGAGAACGGUUCAGCUGACGGCACUCUCUAUGUGGACGACGGAGAAGGUUAUGACUACGAGAAAGGUGGUUACAUCCACCGACAAUUCAUCUUCGUGGACUCCACGUUUGUAUCCGAAGACAUCGGCACCAAAGGCCCAAAGACUGAUGCAUACCUCAAGUCAAUGGCCGAUGUGCGUAUUGAGAAGAUCGUCGUGAUCGGUGCACCAGCAGAAUGGGAACAGAAAGAGACCGUCACGGUGAUCGAAGAUGGAGCUAAGGAAGCCACCAAGGCUGUCUUGCAGUUUACUGGUAGCAAGAACGGUAAGGCGGCAUUUGCUGUGGUGAAGAAUCCUAAUGUUGGUAUUGGAAAGUCAUGGAAGAUCGAAUUCUAGGGAAUGUUCUGUACUACGGCGUACAUGUGUCUGCAUCUCUCGCACAUACUGAUCAGUAGUAUCAAGUCAAUUCUAUCAAAGAUCAACGAGUU